UGAAAAUUAUUCAAAUAUUUGGUUUUUCUUGAAAUGUAGUGUAAUCAGCUCAUUAUAAUGUUUUUAGCAUAUUUCUCCCACUAUUUUGCAGUUGCUUGUCCCACUUAGAAUAAUAUAAAGAUGAAGGUCGUACUUGUGGCAACAGGCGAAAAUGACAAACGCAGUAGGCCUACAGAACGAUAAACAAGCUGUCGGUCAUUUUUGCAUGUAGAGGUACAUGUCUGUGCUUCCUACAUGUGAAACUGUGUGUUUAUAUUCUUUUGAUAUCAACGUGGUAAGCUGCAAUUCUGUCCAAUGUCACAAGUGUUUCUUCACGAAUGUGUUGUAGCUUGCCACUCUAUUCAUGAUUUUUGUCCUUACUUGCACUUUUUUUAGAAUCAUUUUUAGAAACAUAUAUGCCUUCUGGUACCACACAAACCCUUGGAGCCAAGAAAAUAACUCAAAUAAUUCGGAAAUUAAGUAGGAAAUGGAUGCAAACAAACAUUAUGCUUACGACGCGUCUGACGUUCACCUUACCUGCCACUUGGAGCGCUAGUGUCGCUCCAUCUGUCAAACGGCAACAAUUUUUACAGCAGACACUAAUGACAGCAGCAGAGAAGCUUGCCGCUGUUCCUGAUGUGGAUAUCGACCCAGAGGGAACAUUUAAGUAUGUUCUAAUACAUGUCUUUGGUCCAGAGGGUCCUGAUGGCAAAGAACCGAGCAAAUUAGUGUAUGCUUGUCUGCUGCACAUUGCCUGCUCUAACUGCAUACGUGUCAGGUGCUACGACACCUUUGAACUACUGCAAAUGGACAAAGAUGACCAGACUCAUUUCUCUUCAGUAGAAACAACUAUCGACAAGAGAAGAAACUUGAUGUCAUUCAAAUCUACUUUUUCAUUGGUAGAGAUCUUUCACUCAUGGGAUUAGCAGCAGAGAUUAAAAAGAAGCAGCAGCAAACAGAUCCAAGGCAUCCAUUGUUUGGAACUCAUGUUCUUCCAUCACAACUCCUUAUAAUAGUAUCAGCUCUGGAGAACUAAGUCCCGAUUCAUUUUCUUGUAACAAAAUAGACUGUCAUUACCUAGCAGUUAAAAAUGGGAAGCUUUACAUGAAUGUCCUACAUGCAGUUUUUUUAUACUUGUGCUCUUUGAG